UGGAGGCGCGCGGGGACGUGUGUGUGAGCGAGAGAGGAAGAAGAAAAAAAAACCUCAACCAUCAUCAUCAUCAUCAUCAUCAACGCGCUGAUGGAGCGGGGUCACGAACUAUGACCUUUAACAGGAGAAAAACAAAACAAACAUUUUAUAAAAACGCAGACGGAUCAGAACCUGUGACCUCCGUUUCUCUAAGACCUCACUAAUGACCUUACAUCGUCAUGACGACCAACCUGAAUCUGCCCUCUCAGCAGAAAGUGGACUCUGAGCUCGAGGCAGAGGGGCCAUGCUCUCCUUCAGAUUCAAUGAUGAGUGAGUCACCACAGCGUUUUCAGAUAAUUUCCACUGAGCCGACCACAACACCACAGCGAAUACAGAUUGUAACUGACCAGCAGACAGGCCAGAAGAUCCAGAUAGUGACAGCGAUCAAGCCGUCUAGUGCUCCAAAACAACAGUUCAUUCUGACUACAGCUGACAGCUCAGGGGCAGGCAAGGUUAUCUUGGCCUCACCGGAUAGCCACAAUGCCAAGCAGCUCAUCUUCACUGCUGCGGACAGCCUGAUGCCAGGACGGAUACAGAUUGUCACGGAUCCAGUGUCAAUGGAGCGGUUGUUAGGGCAGGCAGGAGACCUGGGUCGAGCACUGCCCGUGGAGUACUGUGUGGUGUGUGGGGACAAGGCUUCAGGUCGUCACUACGGAGCGGUCAGUUGUGAGGGCUGUAAAGGGUUCUUCAAGCGGAGCGUGAGGAAGAGCCUGACGUACAGCUGCCGCAGUAAAGAAGACUGUGUCAUCAACAAACACCAUCGCAAUCGCUGCCAGUUCUGCCGGCUGAAGAAAUGCCUUAAGAUGGGGAUGAAGACUGACUGUGAGUUCAGAUCAGCAGUGACACACAGAAGCAAGUCAGGUAUUAUCUGGUUAUCUGCAGGUCCUGAAACUGUCCAGAGUGAGAGAAAGCCCAUUGAUGUGUUGCCCAGAGAGAAGCAUGCCAACUGUGCUGCCUCUACCCAAAAGAUCUACAUCCGCAAGGAUCUCAACAGUCCGCUCAUCGCAACGCCAACCUUUAUCUCUGAUACAGAAACUGAUGGCUCCAGAUCAAGCCUGCUGGACCAGGGGAUGCUGGUUAACAUUCAGCAGCCAAUCAUCCAAAGUGAUGGAACUCUGUUGCUGGCCGCUGACUCAAAGAUGGAGUCUGGACAGGGGGACUUAGGGACACUAGCCAAUGUGGUGACAUCCUUGGCAAACCUGAGCGACUCACUGAAAGAGAAUCUGAACAACGGUGAUACCUCCGGCAGCCAACAGGAGGAGCAGUCCACCAGUGAGAUAACACGUGCCUUUGACACCCUGGCCAAAGUUUUCAGCCCACCUGAUGAGGAUGUUGGGCAGAGACUGGCAGAUAAGUCGCAGUGUGUUGGUGGAACAACCAUUCAGCUAAUUGGUCAAGACCAGGAGACCCCCAUCAUUGAGGUGGAAGGACCCCUGCUCACAGACAGCCAUGUUGGCUUUAAGCUGACCAUGCCCAGCCCGUUGCCUGAGUAUCUGAAUGUGCACUACAUCUGUGAGUCAGCAUCCAGACUUCUCUUUCUCUCCAUGCACUGGGCACGCUCCAUCCCUGCCUUCUCAGCUCUUGGUCAGGAGGCACACACCAGCCUGGUGCGAGCCUGCUGGAAUGAGCUCUUCACUCUGGGUCUGGCUCAGUGCGCUCAUGUGAUGAACCUGUCGACCAUCCUUACUGCCAUCGUCAACCACCUUCAAAGCAGCAUCCAGGACGACAAGCUCUCCAGUGAGAGGGUGAAGCAGGUAAUGGAGCAUAUUUGGAAGUUCCAGGAGUUCUGUAACAGCAUGACGAGGUUGGACACAGACAGCUACGAAUAUGCCUAUCUGAAAGCUAUCGUGUUGUUCAGCCCUGAUCACCCAGGUGUGGACAGCAGCGGGCAGGUUGAGAAGUUCCAGGAGAAAGCUUUAAUGGAGCUGCAGGACUACGUCCAGAAAACCUACCCAGAAGACACCUACAGGCUGACCCGUAUCCUGACUCGUCUCCCAGCACUUCGUCUCAUGAACUCCAGCAUCACAGAGGAGCUCUUCUUCACAGGCUUGAUCGGUAACGUCUCCAUUGACAGCAUCAUUCCCUACAUCCUCAAGAUGGAGACAGCCGAGUACAACAGCCAGGACUCUGACCCCACAGACUGACAGCUAAUCACUUUCACACUCCAGCACCCAGAGCUUUCAAAUCAAAGGUCAACGAGUCUCCACUUCAGGUACGCCAUUUGUCUCUCACGGGGUUAAAUGUUGAACCAGGGUCCGAAACCCUGCAGGGAUCCCUUGUUAUCCAGUGAUGUAUGGUGCAAAGUCAUUCAGGAAUCCUUAGUAAAUUCAAAAAAAUCUGGUAUUGGAAAGCCAGGAUGACACUUGGAAUGUUUUCUGAAGCUCAGGCAGUUCAGUUCUCUUGAGUUUCUGGCCUAAACUCAGUCGUUCUGGACUGAAUCAAAAAAGGAAUCCUCUGCAGCUGCAACUGAACUCAUCUCCUUUAUUGUCUUCAAAGCACAUCAAGCUUUUUACAUGUACACCUUACCUUAUGAAUAAGCCUUGCAACUCAUUUUUAUUUUGUCAAAGCCUUACCGUGCUCUCAUGCUGAUCAUAUCCAUAAAUAAUACUUAGUUUUCCUGUCAAUAUCAGAUGAGUUUAUUUACAAACUCAAACCUCAACCAGUUAACCCUUUACAUUUUCAUAUGGAGCAACAUCAGCGCAGCACUAAGCUACCACACAGCCUAUUCUUAGCUCAUGAGAGCAUGAUCUAAUUUUACUCUGUCUUUAAGUUCAUCUUUGAAUUCAUAUUUAAAAAGUCAUAUCAGCCAAUAAACCAGUUCAAAUAUUGUGUAUAUUUUGUAUUGAAUGACAUCCCAGACAUUUUUAAGUUUUAGUCUUAUGAUGUUUAGGUGCAUUUAUUUCUAAGUUAUCAUGAAUAUGUUGCUAAAAAUAACCAGUGCAAUCACCUCAUCACUUUCCCCUUUAUGACAAUCAAUUAUGUUAUUUCCUUCUGUCCCAUUUUUUGUCAAGAAUGUUUGGCUCUGCAUUUUCUAUGUGAGUUUAUCGAUGGCAAUUAUUUCCUUUAAGGAAUUAGAUAAUCUUAAAGAUUUUACUUUCAAAGUGUUACUCAUGUGUAGCUAUGCUACUUUUUUGUACUUGUGUUUGUAUUUGCACUUUGCUCAGUGCACAUCAAUCAGCUUAUGUGGCAUUCCACUGUCUUCAUGCUGACUAAAACUUUUUGUUUUGUAUGUUUCUAACAACUUUACUUUGUUGUGAAUGAAUUUGAUUUUUGCAUACUAAGUGUACUUAAAGUACUUUUGGGCAGGUUUCCCUAAUUUAAAAAAAAAGAAAUCCUGGAAGCUGGUCUCGGGUGUCAUGAAUGCCACGGAGGCCGUAUGAGGAUGUGCAUCAACUUACCCACAUGUAUAACGGUUUUAAAUGAGCUACAACAGCAACAUGAAUGAUAAGGAGAUGAAAAGAAGUAAGCAAGGAUUAUGUCUUGUAAAGUCAUGUCAAUUGUUCUAUUUGGGUUUAAAGCCCACAGAGACUGUUUGUAAAGGCACCCUCUGAAAAUGGCCUUUGUACAUGUAGUUUCAUAAAAAUGAGUGCAUGUUGUUUUUAAAGGUUUUAUAUACUUGUGGCUGUCUGUCUUUAGAGAGCAUUGUUAUCAUUUUUGUUGUGCAUUGCAGUGCAUGAAGAAGUUGCUUAAGUGCAUUUUAUUAAAUGCUGUAUGACACUUUUCUGUAUCAAUGUUGUGGCUCUACAUUAUCUAACAUGAGCAGCUCCCUAAUUAGAGGACAUUAGAUCAAAUAAGAUUAUUUCCAGCUUUGUGGAUUUAGUAUUCUGUUUAAACUGUGUACUAUGUUUCUGUUCUGUUCAGUUCAUGUAUGUAUUCCUCCCAACAUUGAACAACAUUCAAACAAUAGUCAUGUUCUGCUCAAGGUUGUCACAACCCUACAUUUCUACCUCAAACUGAUGAAGACAUUAAACAAAUGUAUUAGCGACUGAGCUUCUGUAUCAGCAUUCCAGUCUUUGAGGCUGGCUUGUCUUAAGCCACAUAUCAUAAACGAAAUAAACAGUUAAUAGUGAAAUAUGAA